CUCGGAGGCGAUGCGGCGGCCCACGCGACCAGGCCUCGUGAACUGGCUGUUCCACUCCCGGCGGUGGCGCGAGUCCAAGACGGCCAUGCGCGAAGGGUAUGCCGCGCCCGUCAUCACACACCGCCGGCGGAACCCGACGUCGCGCCGCGAUCUGCUCGGGGCCCUGCUCAAGGGGCGAGACCCGGACACGGGCGAGGCCCUGCGCGAGAGCCAGAUUGUGGACGAGGUGGUCACCAUGCCUAUCGGGAGCAGCACGGCGCCCUGUGCACUGGCUAGUGCCUUGUACUUUUUGUGCAAGAACCGGGAGUGUUUUGUGAAGGCGAGGAAGGAGGUGGAUGAGGUGCUGGGGCCGUGGGUUGGUGGUGCUGGUGGGGGAGAGGAGAAUACGGAUGAUGAUGAAGAAGAUGAUGAAGAGGAAGAGGAAGAGGAAGAUGUUCAAAUGACCGCCGAGCAGCUGGGCCGGCUCAGUUACAUCGAGGGCGUCGUGCGCGAGACCCUGCGCCUCUCUGCCGCAGCGCCUGGCUUCAACAUCGAGCCCAUCCCGCGGACCACUGCCGCAGGCGACGUCGACACGGCGCCCGUCCUCCUCGGGGGUGGCAAAUACGCCGUCACCCACGACCAAGCCAUGAUCAUCGUCCUCGCAGGCGUCAACACCGACCCGUCUGUGUUUGACGACCCUCUGUCCUUUCGCCCGGAGAGGAUGAUGCGCGAGGCGCUGGAGGCUCUCCCCGCCGGGGUCAAGAAGUGGUUCGGCAACGGGCGGCGCGAGUGUAUCGGGAAGAACUGGGCCUGGAUGUUCAUGGUGACGGUCCUGGCUGUGCUGGUGCGGCGGUGUGAUUUCGAGAUGGUGGAUGAGGAGGGCUGGACUUGGAAGCAGGAUGGGUGGUUUAAUAUUCGGCCGGUUGGGCUGAGGAUGAAGGUGACGAGGAGGAAGGCAGCGACGGCGGCGGCGGCGUAGAUUGAGUGGAGGACAAUCUUUGUCAUUAUGCGGUUCAUUUGGAUUGUUUUUCUUCACGAUAUAUAUUUUGGUUCCAUGAUUUACAUACGCGCAUGUUUGCGUCGUCGACUUUGCUUGGCUGUUGCAAGUAUUAAAAGGCUUUUCAUGUUGUAUUCAGGUCUGUACAGUUAUGAUUCAGAAUAAACAUUAUUACAAUAAUAUUCAAGAUUUAUCAAUUCUGC